AUUUAAUCAUUUAAAAAUACGUUCCGUUUUACAUUUACCCCAGUUUCGCUAGCAAUUGCCUUCCUGAAAUGCAUUAAGAUGCAACGUUUCCCCGGGGAAGCGGUUAAACGCAUGCCAUUGCGUUGCUGUUUGUUUACAAACUUCUACGGCUUGCGUCCAUUUGCUCGGGCCAGUUCCAAGCUCCGGAGGCCUGUUUAUUGAUGAUCUCGCAAACCUCCAAGGGCCGUCUGUUGACGGCGUAAUGUGCAAAUGUGUCCGUUUGUUAGAAAAUUGUAGCGAAUCUACAGGCACGUUUCUGUGGCUUUUGUGCCAGCGGAAGUUUGGCGCCCGGCAAUGUUUCUUCUAGUUGUGUCUGUGUGUGGCCCUGCCAGUGUCUAACGAUUUGCAAUGAUCAUGUCUAGUGUGUGUCCAAUCGCUGUAAUUUAGUGUCGAGUGUCAAGUGUUUAUUUAUGAAUCCCACACGCACACACAUGAACCCGUUGGCCCUUUUUAGCGCCAGUGUGCAUCCGGAAAGCGUCACGAAUCGAUUCCCUCCCGGCAGCAUCCUUCUCCCCCCGCCCCAUUUCCCCUGUGUACCGCAGGAAUGGUGGCCCCAAUUUACAAAGACACAACGCACCGGUUCCGAGGAAAAGUUAAACGGUUGCCCCGCAGUAAACAACCCACUGUUGCCAGUGUACACACACACACACACACACUUUCGCAGGGCAAAUUCAAACAAAAGCACCCGUACAUGGCAUGAGUUCAGUUUACCGCGGUAGCCACACCGGUUCCCGUGUAUGCCGCCAGCCCCCAGCGGUGCAUUGUCAUCGCUAGAGAUAAGAUAAAUAGAAGCAGAUAAUCAGAAUCAACAGGUCGGGAGGAAAGGAACGGGCGGGUAGAUGCGGGCGUAGUAAAAGACCGGCCUUCGCCAAAGCCAGCUGAGCCGAGCCGAACCGGUACUUCGUGCGAUGCGUGCGACCACCGUGAGUGACCGGGAGCGUUCAUUCGCUGUUCUGGGGAACUCACGGCAUGAACGUACCCCGUUGUGUGUGUGAAUCAGGACGAAUCAGAACAGAAGUGGAAUUCUUGAUUGUCGUGGAAGGAGAUGAGGGGUUGUGUCACCUGCCAAACCAUUGCUUCUGGAGCAUCCACAAGCCCUACGAAACGAUCGAUCGUACCUACGCCCUUCCCCCGGUGCCGAGUGCCUCCGUUAUCAAGCCGGCAAGCUUGCAAGACGUUGAAUGGGAUGACUCUCAGCUGGAAGUUUGUAGUGGCAGCGGCGACAGCAGCACGUUCAGUACUCGUCGGGACGUCAAUCGCAUCGGAUCUCGGUGGUGUACUCGGUGCGCGCGUGCUUGUGUGUGUGUGGUAUUGUGCGUGCGUGUGUGUGUGCUGACGAAAUUGUGGCCCUUCCUGCGCCCUAGGGGGUUCGCACUGUCCGUGCACGAUUGUGCACGCGCUUGCCGCGCCACGCUACAGAGCGAGACGUGCAUUCGACGCGUGUACGCGAAGUGUGUCUGUGUGUGUGUACUGGAAGUAGUGUGUACCCAUUAGUCAUCUUGCUGGAUGUGGAGGGAAAGAUUUCAUCGAGUUGUGCGUUAGUGCGCACGAUGUGUGAUUGAUGUGCAAGUGUCCAAGGGUGUUUGCCAGGUUUGUGAAAGCUUUCGGGGUUAAACGUCUGCAGUGUGAGAAAGCGAAAAAGAUCUACUGAUUGCAGACGAAGUUUGCUCCAACGGGAAAGAAGUGAAGAGAAUAAAUCAUAGUUCAAUGUACACAGUGUAUGGGUGGCUGGUGUGUGGUGAGGGAUGUGAAGUGAUUAGCGCAUAAUGUAGCAUCAUAUCCGGUCGCCCAUCAUUGGUGCCCAUUCUGGUGGGCGCUUUGGUAGAAAAAGAAAGAGAGGGAAAGAGUAUUAAUGAAAAAGUGUACAUUAACACGAAAAAAUCAUCUGCAUACGGAUUUGCCUGAUCGAUGUUGUUGUUCUUGCUGUUUGGGCGUGAGUGUUUUCGGAAGUGAUUUUCGGUGGAAAGUUUUUCGACGGCGCCUGUGAAGAGCGAAGGAAAGCAUCGCAUGCUUUGUGCUUAGGGAAAGCUUUAAGUGCGCCGGUGUGUGUGCUGCGGUACAUUGAAAAUCACUCGUUGGAUAAUGCAGCAUCGAUGUUAAUGUAACGAGGAGUGAAGUGGAGCCGACUUUCAUCAUAGCUGGCAACUUUGGUUUGGUUUGCGGCUGGUAACGACAGUUUCAACCCUCGACCCCACAGGUUUCGGCAGAUUAAUUCGUGGAAAAAGCUUCUACGACAACUUCCUGAACAACGUGCCCUCGAAGCUCCUUGGCAUAAUUACUGCAACUUCAUUACAUACGGCCGAGCGUACCUCGGUGCCAUUGCAAUGCGAGCGGGCGGCACAAAAUCUCAUCAAGAAUAAUAAAACACCAAACUUCUAGCAGAUCAAACGCUAAAAAUGGAUAACAUUGGUAUGCCAUUACAAUUGAAAGUCUAUUUUAAUCACCAAAGAUCGCUCCUGCACGCGAACCACCUGUUGACUGCUAUGAGGGAAGUUGUCUCCGUGCCACGCCUCUAGGUGUCUUGCGGUGUAAUAAGCGAUCGACCAACACCCACACCUAAAGUCCUUAUUUUGCACCACGGCCAUUCAAAAAGCUUACCAUUCGUGCCGGUGCAUUACACAGCCCGAUGCGAAGCACCGCAAUGGAGGACGUGUACGAGAACGAACCACACGCUCCGGAUCCGGCCGAGCAGCCGAAACCCUUUAACGGCAGCAGCGGCAAAAACGUAUCGCUACGUAUCCUGUCGAUGCCUUCGUCUCCACUUCCACCGGUCGCCGGUGCUGUACCGUCCUCCCCGUCAGCCGUUUCGCUGUCUUCGACGAACGCGAGAGACACGCGCCACCGCUCGUCCAAGGAUCGUGUGUCACGAAAGGCUCGUGUUAGCACCAUCACCAGUCCCGGGGGAAGCGGUAGAACAGACCUGACCCCGGGGGUAGCCACCAUCGAUGAGGGCGGUGCUAGCGACGGUGGCAAUACGCCGUCGAGCCUUGCGCCGUGCAGUAGCGCCGUGAAGAAAUCGAAGGUGGACUUUGUGCGGUUCGAUUCGACCGAGAUCCACUACACCGAAAAUGAGGAAGUGCACAAGAAGAUAUCGGACGAGAUCAAGAGCGCGUGCAAACUCUCCGACAAAAAUAGGGCCGACCGGCUUGCACGACCACGAAUGUCACUGUUGGGGAAGCCGCUCAACUAUAAUCGCGGCUCACGGCGUGAUGCCCGUUAUAGGCGGCUGCAGAGCAGGGUCUACAAUUUUCUCGAGCGGCCCCGAGGCUUCAAAGCGAUUUUCUACCAUGUCUGUGUAUUUUUAAUGGUGUUCACAUGUUUGGCCUUAAGUGUCUUCUCAACUAUUCAGGAAUACGAGGAUCAAGCAAUCGCCAUCUUAUUCGUAAUGGAGAUUAUAGUAGUAAUAUGGUUCUCGAUCGAGUUCUUCCUAAGACUUUGGUCAUCAGGAUGCCGUUCGCGUUAUCAAGGAGCAGUGGGGAGGCUGAAGUUUUUAAAAAGGCCUUUUUGUAUCAUAGAUAUAGUAACGAUAGCCGCCUCCAUAGUGGUGCUCGUAAUGGGAACAUCCGGGCAGGUGUUUGCCACCAGUGCGCUUCGAGGGCUCCGCUUUUUCCAAAUCCUGCGCAUGGUGCGCAUGGACCGGCGUGGCGGCACGUGGAAACUGCUCGGGAGUGUCGUCUACGCUCACAGACAGGAAUUAAUUACAACCUUGUAUAUAGGGUUUCUGGGCCUUAUUUUUGCCUCGUUUUUAGUGUAUUUAAUGGAGAAGGAUGUAAGGGGAACCAAGUUCAGUAACUUUGCUCAAGCGUUGUGGUGGGGUGUGAUAACGCUGUGCACGGUCGGGUACGGCGAUAUGGUGCCGGAGACGUGGCAAGGCAAAAUUAUAGCAUCGUUCUGCGCCCUGCUAGGCAUCUCCUUCUUCGCACUGCCCGCGGGUAUCCUGGGCAGCGGGUUCGCCCUGAAGGUGCAGCAGCAGCAGCGCCAGAAGCACAUGAUCCGGCGCCGGCAACCGGCCGCGACGCUGAUACAGUCGCUCUGGAGAUGUUACGCCGCCGACGAGCACUCGAUGUCCGAGGCGACGUGGAAAAUCCACCAAGUACCUUUACCGUCGCCCCCACCAUCAACCGAUUACUGGGAUAUGCUCCUUGAAAGCUUGAAUAUCCAUAGAUCGAAGCUGGAGGCAGCUGAAAAACUGGCCGCCUCAACCAGUGCCGCGCGGGCGUCAUCUAGCUUCAAGCACAACGCAUCGUUCGUGGCCCGGCUGCCCACGAUCCGGCGGCACAAGAGCCAAUCGCUGCACUCCCCCGGCAACCCGAAGCCCCCGAGCGGCGGAAGUGGCCGGACGGGCCGAUGUCCUCGCGUGACCGACAUCAAUGCUUCAUCGGAAAAUCUGGAAGUGACCAACAAUGGUAGACCCAUGAACCCAAGUCUCAGCGAAGACUCGGUGGCGGAAACGGCACUGUCCAAGAAAAAUUCCGAUGCCGGGCUUGAGCUGGCCUCGGUGUCCUCGAUUCCGGCUGGCGCUGGGCCGCUGGUGGCCACCGGUAACGAUCUGCCGAUCGUUGCUGGCCGCUCCUUCCUGUCGACCGGCGGUGGCGGUGGUGGCCACUUUGGCGGCGGCGGCGGCGGCCCAUCCUCCUCCCGACGCAGCAGCUUCGUCAGCGGCAUCUUCUCCUCGGCCGUGCAGCGGCGCGGCAGCGGACACGAGAGCGCCCCGCACACCACCGUCGCCCUUAACACAGCUGGCGAUGAGAUUGCGCCACAGCCGCUGGACAGGGCGGACCGGCAGGAGCAACCGCACCGGUACCGGAUCGUGCGGUUCAGGACCCCGUUCGAGGCACUGUUUCGCGGUAGGUCGGCCUCGACGGCGAUUGCUGCUGCGGCGGCCGCCACCGUUGCAGCGUCCGGCAGCAGCCAUCUUCCAGACGAAGAUGAGGAACCGAGAUGUGUACAGCUAACGAAUCAGCACAAAGGGGCCAUCCGUUUCAUCCGAAAGAUGAAGUAUUUUGUAGCGCGGCGCAAGUUUAAAGAGGCCUUAAAACCGUACGAUGUGAAAGACGUCAUGGAGCAGUACGCCGCCGGACAUGUCGACCUGCUUGGCCGCGUGAAAAACGUUCAGACUAGGUUAGACCAAAUUCUUGGCAAGCAAGGAUCGAAAUCAAAAGAUGUGUAUGCAUCGAAAAUUAGUUUAGCUUCGCGCGUAGUGAAAAUUGAAAGACAAGUUGACGACAUAGAGACAAAGGUAGAUUCAUUUAUAGAUUUAUACAUGCAGGAUCGGAUGCGUCUUUUAUCACUUCCACUACAUCCUGACACAUCACAUUCCAACAAUCCAAACCUUCCAUCAUUGCCACCGAAAGGCGGUGGUGCAUCGGCUGUAAUCACAUCUGUGACAACUAGUUCUAGUGGUUCGUUGAAACCAAAGCCUAUUUUAGUAGAUAAACAAUUUUCGGAACCGAAUUCACCGAUUGCGAAAACGUUCGAGGAGCAACCGUUGCAGCAGAAACGUCCACCAAUGCAGCGCGGCUUCUCCGAUCUGGGGCACAGGAUUAAGAAGCGCGUCACGCUGAGCUCGAUACCGCCACAGUACGUCGGCAACAGCACCGGCCAGCCAUCGGACCGGGGCGAUGUGGUGAUCGUCGUCCCUAACAUCGAUGCCGAGCACCUGGAACCGGUCGGCAUCGAGGAGCUCGCCUCCGUGUGUAUCGAUACCGAGAUCGAGAUCGAGCCCGGCAGCCCGAAAACCAUCACGGAAAGUUCAAUUAUUAUGAUGGACGAGGAGGACGACGAGGAGGACGAGGAGGAGGACAUCGAGGAGGAGGAUCUGGACAUUGGGGCGGAGAUUGAUCCGGACUCGCCGCCGUGGGACGUGUACGGCGACAUGGACGUCGAGGAUCAGGACGAUACGACGGAAAACACGGCGCUGCUGCGAACCGCCGCCAAGACGGAGAUCAUCGUCACGCCUAUCAGCCCGGUCAGCUCGGCAUUCGAGCUAAAUCGCAUGGACAGUGAGGAGUACCGCCGCUCCAAGCAGGUCGCCGCCAACAACAAUGAGGGCGAACAGCACCAACAGCAGCAGCAGCAGCAACAGAUGCUUGCCAUCACCGGACCAAGCGGCGCGAUGGACUCGCUGAAGCCGGAACGAGCGACCAACGGUUCGGACGAUACAUGAGAAUGGCUGAAACCAUCCCCAGUGGCCAGUCAUGGCUGCACCUCCACGCAGCGCACCUCCUUCCAGCGGUUUCGUUUUCCGUGCCCUUCGUCUCGUCACACUCCCAGCACGCCACCCCGUCUACCAAUCUUCAUCGCUUACGAGCCUACUCGUAAAGCACCAACCCAAUCGAGUGGGCUACUCACCACUCAUCGUAAAGCAGCAACGCCUACCCUCCCGGGGGUUAUUGUUUCGAUGCUUGCUGCUGUGAGCAGAAAUGGUUGCUAAAACCCUCGGCUACCGUUGCGACGGAACCGACGUACCAACACGAACGCACACACGCACAAAACAAAAAAUCACUUCUUAGAGACCUGAUUUCGUUUGCCUCCAAUUGUCCUUCCUAGAAGACGGCCCUUGUUGUCUGUUAAUAGUGUACUGUUGAAUAGUCGUAGCCACUUUCUCGCUCUCUGUCUCACACACACUCUCUCUAGCGCGCCCGUUCAAAGCUAGCAAAUCAUGCAAACGAGUUGGCAGCAAGCGUGAAGCUGUUAAUUUUCUUGUUCAGAUCAGUUUCUAUAGCACCGGAAGUGUGCAUACUCACUCAAUCUUCAUUGCUCCCAAAUGGGCCCAAAAUUGCUCUCUAGAUCGGGUAGAGAGAGAGGCUAACGAACACGCGCACUGUCUGCCGAAACGAUCAUCCCUCGUUCCCAGCUCGCCCAACGGUGCUACGCUUACGCUUUAGUGCAAACACUAAAUCCGUUGCUUAGUUGUACUAGUUACAUCUUCUACUCUAUUGCCCCGUUAUUUCUGGAGUCUAUUGCUUUUCCGAACCAUUGUCACUGGAUGGUGUGUUAGGAACAAAAUGCUAAAUAAGAAAAUAAAUAAUGAAAAAUAUUUACACGAGCUAAAUGAUAAUUAUCGAUCAAUGGUGAGCUGCUCUGAGUGUGAACCAAACGCCACUCAUCUGAUCCCUUUUUUUGCUUCAGUUUCACUUGUACGAUCUGACGUGUUACAUUCGAGUGCUUGUAAAAUAUAUCAACUCAUCCCCAAAAAUGUCCACAACAUCAUUUGGCCCAUUAAAUAAAAAGCUUAAUCCUUUCUCGCAAACAGAUAUGAGCCAGCAGCGUUUGAAAUUUAUUCCGUUUAGUUUUUAACACCACGCACCAACGCUGUUAGAGCGACUGGCUGAAGCCGUAGAAUUAUAGCAAAAAUGAGUAAAGAAAUCGAGAGCAAGCAACACAUUACAGUUACAGUUUUAAUGAUAGGCAUUUUUUCUAUACCUUAUCUUUAAUUCCUACUAGAGUUUAGAGUGGACCGGUGAGUUUGUUAAGAGCAGCGGUUAAGAUUCAGUAGAGCAAAGAACAAAUUAAAAGCGCAGCGCAGUAAAUGAAUCGAACUCAAACACGGUGAAAAAACAUAGCAGAUACUAGUAAAACAACGUAGCACAAACAAACACACUAUUAAAUGGCCAAAAACGGAUUUCAAUAGCAUUAAGAUUAAGCAGUGGGCAGUGGUCGAACAGCAGACGGCAACCCACGAGGAGCUGCACCACCACUGCGGGCGAAAGAUUUCAAUGCGUGCAGUCGAUCAACACACACUUUGCGAGCUACGAGCGCGAACCAUAGAGGCACACUGCUUCCGUUCACGUGCGGAUGGGUGGUAUUGAUAUUGAAACACAAAAGAACAAAAUGUCAAUUAUUAAUCUUAGAAAUGAGUAAGUGACCAACAGGCGAUGGGUGGUCAGCGAAACGGCAGCACAACUCAACUCGCGCACAGCACAACAAAAUAAUGACAUAGCACACAUGACACAUACUAACGUACUAGCAUGUCUGCGGUUCGGCUUCAGUUCGUUCUGCCGUUGUUAUCAUCCAGCAGGGUUCAGGUGACAUGCUAAGAGAACACAGUAUAUAAUAUAGGUUUAAGGGUAGCAAUUAUGAUUUCAUGAAAAUUCUUUCAAACGCAAAACAUAAACAAACAAACAAACAAACAAACAAACAAACAAGUAUUUUACUUUCAACGGCAAACCGUCAGCCACCAGGGCUAGUAAACUUCGCCUAUGUAAAACAUAUUUCUAACCUGGUGGGGUUUGUUGUUCAUUUUAGCAAAGACUUAGAUAACAAAUACGAAACUACACGAAAAAAGACAACCACUACACACAUUAUGGAAAUGGAAGUUUAAAAAACAUCUUAACUCUAAGUAAUCUAAUGCUCGAUAGUAAAGAAGGUAGAAGGAAGAAUAAAAUAAAAAAAGGUAAAUGUAGAGAUUAAAGCCCCAAACUAUUGAACCUAUGAAACAAAAAAGCACACUAGAGCAAUGCGAAUGAUAAAGAAAGAGAGAGAGCGAAAAAAAUAGAAAAGAAAAUGAAAGCAUAACGAAAGUAUAAACAAGAAAACGCACAUCACUCCGAACAAGUGCAGACAAUAACGAAACGAAAGUAGUGCGAAGCGCGUAAUGCUUGCAACAAAACAGCCACAAAACGAACAAAUAAUAUUUAUAUUCUGUUGUAGACACUUUCACUGAUUCAACACUUAUUAGCCCUAAAACAAAACAAAGCAAACAAACAAAAAAACACUAAAACCGACAGGUGAAGGUUACUAUUCUUCAAAUGGCUUAAGUAACUGCUCGCGGUACUGUACCCUGUCUGUAGGGGGUUUGGGAUGGACAAAAUCAAACCAACAAACAAGGGAGAAAUAUAUAAUCGCACACUUGACCGGUUGGCUUGGUAAGUGUAUAUGAAAGGUAAUCAAAACGCAUACAAAAGUAGCACAAAAACAACAAACACACAAGUAAAUGCAAGUAAAUGCUGAACCCCAAAUGCCAUCAAAAUACACUCGUGAUAUUACAAACAAAAACAAGAGAACGGACAAGGUACGCACGAAGGUGAAAUGGGAGCUCCACGACAGCUCGUCCGUUCGAAGGCUAAUGAAGAUGGAGUAAUAUAGCAAAUAUGCGCUGCUUCAGUCGAACGAGCAUACAGAUAGUUAAUGAUAAGAUUACGCUAGGUUUAGUUAGUGUGGUAAGGUUAGUAUCGGUAAGAUUUAGCCGGGAUUAAGAGUUUCACCUAGAUCAAUGUUAUUUAGAAUCAGUUAUCGUUGCCAACUGAUGAUAUUUUGCUCCCUCCUAUUUGCAAGAAUUUUUGUAUUGUUUUAUUCUCGACUUUUUUUUUCUUUCAAUCAACGUAUUUUUUGUAUAGUUUAUGAAUAAAAGUUCAACUAUCACGUUUUACUUAUUGUUUUAAUUAUAGUUCAGUUUGGUGUUUUUGCUUUAUCCAUAUAGUUUUGUUUAAAUUGUUUUUGUUUUAUGUUUUUUUACAUUUUUUUCCUUUCUUUUCCAAAAUUCUUUCUUUCUAAUGAAUUUUACUGAUUCUCUACUAUGUCUUUUGUAUUCAUCUGCCCGAAUCUGUGGUGAUUUGUCUUCGUUUUGUUGUCAUUUCUUUAUUCUCUAGCAUUGCUUUCAUCUUCUUUCUUCCACCUUACUUUACUUCACUUUGCAAUCAGUGGAGUGCAACGUAAACUUCUUCCUUCAAUCGAUCACGGCGCUCACGGAUACACUAGUGAUGUAAGACUGUUCAACCUGUACAUAUAGCGAGCGAUGCAAAAACUCAACCAAGAGACGGAUAAAACGUUGUAAAUUUCACUAAUCAAAAAGGAAACACAGUUUUAAGGCAAAGUUUCAGCAACCCUGUACAUAGCGAAUGGUGUUUGCUCACCGGCAAGAAAAAUACCCGUUACAACUCCUAAAAACUGAUAGUAAAUAUAGAUUUAAAAAUCAUAAUGUUUACAGCAGUUCCUCAUCCCAAAUGCACUAAAACCUCUCCCACUGCGAAUGUAUAGCAACAUAAAAGCAACAUCGUUGUCUCGAUAAGCUCAUAAUCGUUUAUCACAGUGCAUAAUGGAUGUCCUAUUCCAACCAUUGGUAAGGAGGUAGACUUCAAUGGAGAAACAAAAUUUUAAUUACUGUGAAGUAGUGUUUCGCUUUAUUGUUCCAUACACAUUCGUUGCUUCGGAUUAGCAGGUAGUCGUUUGGCUGUUAGCUUCGUAUAGGGUUUCCCUGUUUUGGUUGUUUCCUUUUACCCGUUGAAUGGUGUUAGAGUGUAAGCAACGCAAAUAGAAGAAGCACACACACUAAAAAGACUAGGAAUUUGUUUUGUUCGAAAACAACACAGGCACUCUUUGAAAGCAGGCGCCAAGCCGUUUGACUAAACCGUCCCUUACGUUUCCAGGUCUGUUCAGUUGUCAAAGUUCCUACAACCGUGCUAACGGCUACCCGACCAGUGCAGUAGUCGGCUUUGGUGGUGCUUAAAGUCACCUGGUUUUAUCAAAUAGAGAGCAAAUUGAACAUAUUUCGAUGCUGAACAUUGAUUCCCAUAGUAUCCAUAUGUAAUUAUAUCGUAACUUCUGCCUGCGCGAGCAAGGAGAAACGGCAGACACACAAAAAAAUAAACUAUCUAUAAAACUAAAUAUAAAGAAAUAAAAAGAUAGGGAAGAAGAUAUGAUCGAUGGUUGGAAUAGUGGAAAGUAGAAAGCGAGAAGGUUCUCAUCGAACGUAUUAAUCGUAGUUGAGCCAACAUUUACUUGAAACAAAACUAUUUUUCGUUCAACAAACAUUAUUAUAUGUGUCCCUUAACAUCAACAGACGAAUUAUCAAAUUUAGUUUAAAUUAACUGUAAGAUUAGAUUAACCAAUAAUACAGUUUUUACGUUCUUCGAUGUGUUGUUCCACUUUGUUUUACUUUUAAUUUUUUUGUUUUAAGAACGGCUUUGUAACUAUAGUUAUUCAAAGUAAAUCGAAUAUCCUAUCAUUUUAUUACUUCUUAUUUACUUUCCUCUAUGUUUCAACUCCCUUAAUGAUUUUCAGUUUCAAGUUUAUUACUUAUUUAUUUAUUACUGAUUUAACAAACUUUUCUCACACACACACACACACACACACACACACACACACACACACACACACACACACACACACACACACAGUUUAACACGUUCCUAUCUUUCAAUUUUUACUUUACUUUACAAAACCAAUUUGAAAAUACAUGAUAACUUUACAUAAAAAAUAAAGGGAUCACAGAAAAUGGUACAAGAGCUUUACAUGAACUUAAAUGUAAGAAAUGAACUAAAUAACCAUAAAUAAUGAUGCUAGCGAUCGGAGAGACGAUGUUAUUUAAACCCAAACUAUAGAAGAGGAAAACAGAAACAAAGCAAAAGAGAUAAAACUAUUGACCCUAUACACAAUUAAAGCACAGCUGUACACUCCACUGCGAACAUGUUCUAUGUAUGUAAGGUGUAAACUAACAAAUGGAAGGAAUGAGUUUUUAGGUGCAGAGUAUUUAAAAAAAAAAAACACACACACACACACAUAAUUUCUAUGCUUAGGAGGUGGUCAUACAGGCUUAGAGAGAACACAAAUAUCGCACUAACUUAGAAAGAAAAUAACUCUUUUUUUACAAAAAUUUAUGAAAAUAUAGAUAAAGAGUACAGAAAUUCAUCACUAAAUUGAACAAAAAGAACAAUUUUAGGUAUGGACUGCUUUUGUGUAAAUUUUACCUUAAUUUUGCUCAUUUCCAAUGCUUAGAAUGCUUAUUAUUCAGUGGUCAUUUCGAAAUACAUAGUUACUAAAAGUAUUGUAGCAGAGAAUUUUAUCACAUUUUCUUCCCUGUUUUGAGUGAGGUUUAUUGUUAGUGGUAGAAGCAGAUUUGCAAACAGUAAACUAGCAAACUAAGUGCAGAUAUUAUAGCGAAACGAAUCCAGCACAACUAUUCAUUAUUAUUGCCAAGGCUAGUUAACUAAGAAACAUAUAUCAUAGCGCAAUGUAUAAUACGGUGACAUCUUUCCACAGUAGCCCAGAGGUGUGUGUAUAUAAGAAAACAUCUUAGCUAAGAGUAUAAAUCGUGUGAUGCGUUAGAGAGCCGAUCGGAGAGCAAAUUUAGCAAAAAAGUUAAAACGUAGAUAACAACUUUAUUAAAAAGUAAGACACUGAGAAAGAGAGAGGGAGAGAGCAAGAGCGAGUGCUAAAGUUAUAAGCUGCUUCCAUUAGUGCGUUCAUUUUUGCAAACUUAAAUUGAAAGGUUUAGGCGCAGUAGUAGUCGUUUCGGCACAUUCAUUCAAGUUAGCAGGCAGCAUGCGCAGCAACAGCAAAAUAAAACAAUAAAUUUUAAAGAAAGCAUUGCCAAGAAGCGGACGUGCAGAUGUAUUCUUACUAACCGGAUCGGCGCCUAAACACGACACAAUUAGAAAUGAUGUAAUAAAACAUAAAUAUUUAAUGCCUGAAGCGAAAGCAGCGUGCGCAAGCUGUAAACUAUUGACGCAAAACCGUAGCAGCAGCAGCAGAAGCAGCAGCAGAAGCAGCAACAGUAGCAGUAGUGUUAAUCGAUAGUAAUCAAUUAUAUACUUAACACUCACACCCGACACAAACGCCCGACCGGACCGGUGUGAGGGUUUCUGUUUCGUUUUAAACCAUUCGUUUCGUCAUUAUCAAAAUGUGAUACAUUAUUACGAUUAGUCAUGCUGAUGGGCGCUGCGGCCAGCAGCCGAGACGCAUCGGAAGCGCCAGAUACAGACGCAUGCAAACCAUACCUAGAUUACCCAUACCCAUAGGACACUCUAAGACAAACGACAUAAAGACAAGAAGAGCGGCAACUCUUCGGCAGGAGGGGGAGGGGGGGGGAGGAUAGAGAUGGGUCAGAAGCGAGAAGAGAAGAGAUCCCGAGAUGAGCGCUAACGAAACACAAAACAUGUAAAGUGCAUUGUAGCAUAUUGCAGCCGCGUCGCCAUGUACUGUGUAAUAUUUCCCCCCUCGAAAAUAAUGGCUCGCUACAAAGCUGCGAACUUACAGACUCACACAGAUACACACACACACACAUACACAAACCCAUGAACCCAUUCCCAGGAUGAAGAGACACAUAAGCCAGCAGGAGGAGUAGAGAAAACGGGAACUGGAAAUCAAACCCAACAUUUAUCAAACUUUAUUAUAAUAAACAGAGAUAUUGUAGUGAACAAA